UGUCAGUAUAUCUCCAACCCAACGAGUAGUUACAGUGCACAAUGUUCUUCCAAGUUUUAUUAUUUUCGUGUAUGCUAUUAAUAAUAACAUUGUUUAUUAAAAAGAAAAAUUACUGGAAAAUUAGAGGAGUAGUUCAAGAGACUGGAAUUAUAUGGAGAUACAUUUUUGGUGAUCGCUCCUUGUCCGAAUACUCCAAAGAAAUAUAUGAUAAAUACAAAGAAGACCAAAUUGGUAUGUAUUUCGGAUAUACGCCAGCCUUGAUGGUUAAAAAUCUUGAAGACAUUCAAGCCGUUGUUGCUGUUGAUUUCCAAAGUUUUUACAAACGGGGUAUAGUUUUGAACGAAAAUGAUAUAUUGGGCGAUAAUAUUUUGUCCAUCGACAACUAUCCUAGAUGGAAAAUCCUGCGACACAAAAUGACACCGGUUUUCAAGAAUAUUCGACUCAAGACCAUGUUUUAUAGUAUAGAUAUAUGUGCACAAAAUUUAGUUGAUUUGAUUGAAAAAGACACACAGGUUAGGGAAAAACCUUACAAUAUUAUAUAUACAUACACAGCCGCAUCUAUUGGAGCAGCAGUAUUUGGGAUAGACACAACAAGCAAAAGCACUAUAGAUUCUCCAUUCGUAAAAAUGGCCUGGGACGCCUUUGAACCAUCAUUUUCCACUAACAUAAAAUUUUUAUUGAACAAUAUGCUUCCAUCAUUAUUCAACAUUUUGCCAAUAAAAUUAUUUGGUGAUCACGAAGAAUUUUUUAUUGGUGCUGUUAAAAAUGUUUUAAAGAAGCGUCGUAAUUCUAAGAAAAGGAAUGAUUUUAUUGAUGUGUGCUUGGAGCUGCAGAAAAAUGGACUGAUGAAAGAUCCAACUACUGGUUAUGAAUUAGAGCCGACCGACGAGCUUCUCGCAGCUCAAGCGUUUUUCUUCUUUAUAGCUGGUACUGAAACCACAGCCAAUGGGAUACAUUUUACUCUUUUAGAACUGGCAGCAAACCAAACGAUUUUAACGAAACUACACGAAGACAUCGACGAAGUUUUCAAAGAUGGUAAAACUGAACUCACGUAUGAAGAUUUAGAUAAUCUGCCAUACCUCGACAUGGUCAUGAAUGAGGCUUUGAGAAAAUAUCCACCAAUUGGACAGAAUCAAAGAUUUUGUACGAAAAAUACUGAGCUACCAAGCAAUAAAUUGAAAAUAGAGAAGGGCACAGUAAUAAUAAUACCGAUAUAUUCUAUCCAUCGAGAUGAGAAACUAUUCCCAAAUCCUGAUUUAUUUGACCCGGAAAGAUUUGCUCCUGAUAGAAUUAAACAUAUGGAAAAAUUCAGCUACAUGGCUUUUGGUAGAGGAAAUCGUGUUUGUAUUGGUAUGAGAUUCGCGCGUAUCCAGAUCAAGGCUUGCUUAGUCCGUCUGUUGAGAAGGUACACCCUCGCCGAACAUUCUUACAAGCCGGAUCGGUUCGAACGAAGCACGUUCAGCAUUCGUGAUUCAAAUGCAAGAUACGAAUUCAUACCCCGAGAAUUAUGAAGAAAAUUACAAAUUUGUUCCAGAUGAGGUUUUGUUAAAAUUAAUGCACCCAACCAGAGAAGUUAAAUAUUGAAUUUUGAACUUUUACUAUAUUUCGUCAUCAAAA